GAAACGCACCGCUAACAGGUGCAUGACGCAAAACCCUAGUAGUACCAGCUUUGGCUAUUUUUACAAAGCUGUCGGAAAACACUGGACAGCCUUUGUAAUGGUACAGACUGAUCAUAAGAGUCGGUGCUAGUAUCUGUUGAUCUCCCUCCUUUCCCAGAGUGGCUGUCUACACCAACACACUCUUCAUUCAUUCUGCUCUCCUCCAGCAUGUCAGGUGGUUACACUCCGGCCCCCGGGGGACCCUUCUCAGCCCUGACCUCCAGUAUGUGGCCCCAGGACAUCCUGGCCAAGUACUAUCAGAAGGACCCAACAGAGGAGGCUGAACCGCAGUAUGAUGAGUUUGGCUUCAGGCUGGACAGUGAAGAUGGUGUGGAGCCAGAGCCGAGGCCAGAGCCCCAGAGAGAGGACCCCCAGCAGAGGCUGCGCUGGCAGGCCCACCUGGAGUUCACCCACAACCACACCGUAGGAGACCUGACCUGGGACCUCAUCUCCCCCGUCCUGCCCCGCUCUGAACGCCUCCGCUCCCUGGUGCUGGGUGGCAUACCACACAGCAUGAGACCACAGUUGUGGAUGCGUCUGUCUGGAGCUCUGCAGAAGAAGAGGACUACAGAGAUCUCCUACAAAGAGAUCGUUAAGAACAGCACCAACGACGAGACCACUGCUGCCAAACAGGUACUGGAUGCUGAGAUAGAGAAGGACCUGUUGCGGACCAUGCCCUCCAACGCGUGUUUCUGCAGCCUGCAGAGUGUGGGUAUUCCCAGGCUGAGGCGGGUACUGCGGGGCCUGGCGUGGCUCUACCCAGACAUCGGCUACUGCCAGGGCACAGGCAUGGUGGUGUCAUGUCUGCUGCUGUUCCUGGAGGAGGAGGACGUGCUGUGGAUGAUGUGUGCCCUGAUCGAGGACCUGCUUCCCCCCUCCUACUUCUCCUCCACCCUGCUGGGGGUCCAGACGGACCAGAGGGUCCUCAGACAGCUCAUAGUCCAGUACCUACCAAGCCUGGACAGGCUUCUCCAGGAGCACGACAUCGAGUUGUCUCUGAUCACGCUGCACUGGUUCCUGACGUCGUUUGCCAGUGUGGUGGACAUCCGCAUCCUGCUGAGGAUCUGGGACCUGCUGUUCUACCAGGGCUCUGUGGUCCUCUUCCAGGUCACACUGGGCAUGCUCAAGAUCAAGGAGGUUGACCUUCUCCUCUCUCCCCUACAGGAGGAGGAGCUGGUGUCCUCGGAGAACUCGGCGUCCAUCUUCAACACGCUGUCCGACCUGCCCAGCCAACUGGGUGACGGGGCUGCAGUACUGGGGGAGGCCAUGAGGCUGGCAGGGGCGCUGUCCCAGGACACGCUGGAGGCCCAGAGGAACAAACACUUGGCCUACAUCCUCAACGAGCAGGCCCAGCUCAACACCAACAACUCCCACACACUCAACACCAACCUCAAUAAGGUUGUGAGGAGACAGUCGUUACGUAGGAAGUCCACUCUGAGCUCUCUGUUGUGGGGUGAGGAUGAGGCGGAGGCGCUCAAGUCUAAGAACAUCAAGCAGACAGAGCUGGUAGCAGCGCUCCGAGAGGCCAUCACCCGCACCGCUGAACACUUCCACUGUCUGGACCCCCGACACACCAGCACUGACCUGACUCCAGACUACUCCAUGGAGAGCCACCAGAGAGACCACGAAAACUUCCUGGUCGUGUCUCGUAACCGACGGAGACGGGCCAAAGCCCUGCUGGACUUUGAGCGCCAUGACGAUGACGAACUGGGCUUCAGGAAGAACGACAUCGUCACGAUUUUUUCCCAGAAGGAUGAGCACUGUUGGGUGGGAGAGCUCAAUGGGCUGAGAGGUUGGUUUCCAGCCAAGUUCGUGGAGAUCCUCGAUGAGCGGAGCAAAGAGUACUCUCUGGCGGGUGAUGACUCGGUGACGGAGGCGGUGACAGACCUGGUCAGAGGGACGUUGUGUCCUGCCCUGAAGGCCAUCUUCCAACACGGCCUGAAGAAACCCUCCAUACUGGGAGGACCCUGCCACCCCUGGCUCUUCUUAGAGGAGGCAGCCAGUAGAGAGGUGGAGAGGGACUUUAACUCAGUCUACUCCAGACUGGUGCUGUGUAAGACAUACAGAUUAGACGAGGAUGGCAAGGUUCUCACACCAGAGGAGCUGCUCUACAGAGCGGUGCAGUCUGUCAAUAUGAGCCACGACUCUGCACACGCUCAGAUGGACGUCAAGUUCCGCUCCCUCCUCUGCGUGGGCCUCAAUGAGCAGGUGUUACACCUGUGGUUGGAGGUGUUGUGUUCCAGUAUGCCUGCAGUAGAGAAGUGGUACCAGCCCUGGUCCUUCCUACGCAGCCCAGGAUGGGUCCAGAUCAAGUGUGAGCUCAGGGUUCUCUCAAAGUUUGCCUUCAGUCUCUCUCAGGACUGCGAGCUGCCUGCCAAGAAAGAGGAGAAAGAUCAGAGGCCACUGAAGGAAGGAGUCCAAGACAUGUUGGUGAAGCAUCAUCUCUUCAGCUGGGACAUCGACGGCUAGACACACACACACACAUAUUCCACACACCCAAAGCCUGCAAAAAAACUCCCCUCCCCACACAUGCUGUGUGUAUACCAGAGUGAUCUUUCUGUCUCUUUCAUAUUGACUGCUAUGUCAGAACCCGCUACUAGUGUUUCCAUCACUACCUCUCACUAGGAAGUAUUGUAUUGUUCAGACACUUGAUCAUCAUUCUACAAACACAUUGGUAUGCAUCGUGGUUUCCCCUCCUCGUCUCAACUAAACUGUAUCCGAAGCCUUGCUACUGAGGAUUGUAUCCCCGUAUAGUACACUAUGGGGAAUAGGGGGCGCGUUCAGCACGACGCAACGUUUUAGAACAUUCAGAUAGAAAUAGGCAUUGUAGAACAAACAUGCCUCUCUGACAUGUAGAGUAAGGAAUAACAUCAGCUCUAUUCAUGGCAUUUCUAUCUGCAAGGUUGAAACCAGGAAGUUGAUAGUCCUGGCUGUCGCCAUGGCUCUUAGUUCUUGGGUGAAGCUACUGUGUAUGUUGUGUCCACACUAGUGUUUGAUACUUUAGACUACGUGUGGAAGACAUACAGAAAGUGCUCUGAUGUAGCAUUCCUUAGGUACAGAGUAGGCACCUCUACUGUGCCAUAUGAAGUAUUUCCUCAGACUCAAGGACUGGGGUGUAUCACUAGGAACCAAACGGAACAAAACUGGGAGGAAUGUACCUGAAUUUGUCCCAUAGAAACGUGUUUUUGUUGCACAAUAUUUUCCGUUGCCAAACAUUUUGCUACGGUGUGCACUACUUACGCACUGAUCUGAUGUCCUAGUAGCACCUGUGUUCACAAGUGUCCUGCUACCAGUACUGUAGUAGGAUGUGCUGAUUGAGAAGUUUAACGUACUCCACAACCACCCUGUCGAUCCGUGUUGGCACCCAACGUUAUAGAACAAUCCCAUUCUACUCUGCCUUCCGGCCACUAUUGUCUUGAAACGUUUGGUGCCAACGUGGCACCGAUGAAAAUGACUCUCAAACCAAGUUUGUCCCUUGUGGUAAUGUGUGUGGGCUACUAGACAGCCUGAAACCACUGUCUGUGCACCCAUUGUAUCUGUAGUAGUCAAUUUGUGGUGACUGGGAGGAACUACAUCAGAAAAUGAAAUUGUUACAUGUAUGAAAAAUGAGAUCUAUGAUUUAUAACUAUAAUGUCAACAUUUCCUUUUCAUUUCAGUUAAUUUCUUUGUAAAACAGUCUUCAUAUUGAGAUGUGUUACGAUGGGUGUGUCCACCCAACAUAAAAACAAUUGGCUUCCAUCUUGGUGUGUAAUGACUGAAGAAAAGCCACUAGACUAACACACAUCCACCUUGUACAGUAAUGUUACACUAUAUACAUAAGAAAAUAAACAUCUAUAUCAGAA